AAUCGGCAAAUAGCAACGAAAGGCACAGCGCUCAUUCGCUCGCUCGCUCGCAAGCUGGGAAUCACCACACAGGCCUGCCGCCCGCGGCAAAGGCCGCCAUCCACCGCAAACACAUCUUCACACCCGCCGGUCUGCCGCUCUGUCCACUCUUCCUGCAAGCAAUCGGGCACCUCCAGUGAUCUCUCUCUCGCGGCUAUCUCCGAUCGCCCGUCGAGUCGUCUACUUCAUCUUUUUUUGCUGUUGCUUUCACACCAGCACCAGGCCGUCCCUUUGUAGUCAGCAGAGGCUCUCCCCUCCCCCCUGCCUCGUCGCCAUCAGAUCACCGUCGGGACCAAUUUCUUUGAGACGUCAACACGAUUGGCAUGAUGAAGACCGUGUCAGCGGGCAACAUGAUCGGCACUUUCCUGUUCGUGGCGAUGGCGACGAUGCUCGCUUCAUCACCCGCGGGUGCGGCUCCGCUCACGAACUGCGAUUUUUUCACCGCCUGCAGCAAGUGGGUCAUACCUACGCUGAACAUCUGUCCUGGUGGCGACAAGGCGUACACCCAAUGCAACGGCCGCAUCAAGCACAAUGUCAAAACUGACACAGCGACGGUGGACAUCGCAACGCAGAAUGUGAACUCUCAAUGGUGUGGAAUGAGCGCCAGUGAGAACGGUCCGUGGAACACAAUCAAGUGCGCCAACAAGUUCACCACCAUUCAGCAGUGGGUCCACAAGAGGAACCUUCAGGAUGACGCGCCAUGGUUCUUGAACAAGUACAUCAAGAUCCAAAUCUCAGCCGCGCAGUACCAGGGAGGAUGGGGCAAUUACAACAGCAAGGGGAACCCCCGCGACUGUGUCAUGAUCAAGACAUCUAGCUUCUUCGCCAACCCCAACGGCACUCCGUGUUCCCAGUGAAGUAUGGUCACCGCCUCAACAGCGACGGGAAGACGCACGCCAGUACAAACUGUACAAUUGACAAUUGCCGAUGCAUCCGACAAAAACGUUGCAGUCCAAACCCGCAGAAGCUAGUCGCAUCCCAGUGUAAUCAUGCCCUAAGCAGCUGGAAGGAGCGCUUUACUGUGCCAUUCUGAAACUCAGUUUGUCUUGUGUGCACACUGCACAGCAGCACGAAUGAAUGUGAAGCUGACAGUUUGAUGAGCUCACCAAGGAAGUAACUGGGAAUCCUACGUGGUGGCUCUUUUGAUUGUCAGCCAAGUGAGUUUCCCGUCUUUACCAUGCGGAGACCGAAGGCGGCACCAUAUGAAGAGUAUACAUCGGUUGUCGUCGAAGACGAGGAGAAAUCACAUUGAUCAGGGUGGAUGUCAUGAUGCUGAUCGGUGUUGCAAAGAAUGGUCAACGGAUAGCUCUGUACCUAUAUUACCGUUCUAGCAGAAAACGUUCGAAAUAGUGCCAAAGCUAUCUGCCAUGAUUAAUACAAGACGAC